AUGUCCCGACCACCACCACAGAAGCGCACCCACCCACCGCCGCCCGCGCCCGCUCCCUCAUCCUCCUCCUCCUCGCUCCCCACCUCGUCCUCCUCGACCUCCGCAGGCCCACCCGCUGCUCCGGGCACACUGCAAACCACCCCAUCGACCUCUCACACGUUCCAUGCCUCGCCCUUGGAUGCUAUACUCGCCCAGCAGGGACUCGAGAGGUGGAGACUCAUGCCGCCGAGAUGGAGGGCGCCGUGGAUUGAGGACCGUCCCGCCGACUCUGGCGACGCUGGGACGACGGCAACGGGACAGCGAGCUGGGCGGACAACGGGAUUGAAGGCAGGAACGGGACUCAUGGCCGGUCGACCAGGCCUCCUCGCCUCCUCCUCCUCGUCCUCAACCGACCUAGACCCCUCCAACCUCGCCCAUUCACUCGCAGACGACUCGGCAGAACUCGCUGAACGAGCGGCGGUCAAGCUCUUUCCGGUUUUCUACCCGCCGAGGGACGGGAUGGACGAGGACCAGAUGGGCGAACAGGUUGUCAAGGCUGGGUAUGCGGCGAAACCGUCUGUGCAGGCCGAAACGUUCUCCGCACACCAACACAUCUACGACAAACUAAAGACGUCCGAUAUCCUCGGCAACCUCUCGCGCCUCGUCGCUGCAGUCCAAGCCAAAGCGGACGAGCGACUCCCCUCUUACGGCCCCUCUACAUUCCGCCUCCCCUCCCGAAUAACCCUCACCGACUCGAAACGGGAAGCCUGGUUCUCAGACCUCGCCUCUCCCUCCGUGCCCCUCUCGAAACUAAGUCGGAGCGUCCCGCAUGGAUAUAAAGGGGAGAAGGGGCUCGAUAUGUUGAGUAAGCGGAAGGUUGAAGUGGGACGGGCGGUGUGGUUCGUUAGGGCUUUUGGAGGGGUCGAGAUUCAAUCACUGUCCAAGACCCGCCCGCUCCAAACCGCCAUCUCGCUCUACACCUCGGAAUUCACCACCGUCGUCUCCGAAUUCGUCCGCAAACAACUCCACGAGACGAUCCUUCCUCCUUCUUCUUCUUCCCCUCUCCCCACGUCGACACCGGUAUCGAGCGUCCCGCCUUUGUUGGCGACGGCGACGGCUAGGCAGAGGAGCUCGAGUUUCUCGAAAUCGGCGGCGUCGGGGGCGGUCACGCCUGCGCUUGUACCGGCGGGUGUGGGCGCACCGAAUGGCUUGGAGUUGCUGGAUGAGGAGAAGCGCAAAGCGUGGGAGGACAAGUUUGAGUAUACCCUCCGACUCGUCUCGUCCCUCUACCACGAAUCCCUCCUCGACCGCCCCCAAUUCCUCCGCUUCCUCGUCUCCCUCCUCAUCCCUCCAACGCCGACUCCGCCAACACCAUCCGGAGCGACCUCGAUCCUAGGCUACCUGACGUUCGUGCUGGUGUUGGUGGAGGAGUAUUGGACGGAUCUGGGGGAGAACGAUCCGGCGCUCGGGAGGUUCGCGAGGGGGUGUUUGGAACGACUUGCGGAGCUCGACCACGCCCCACCCUCGUCCCUCCUCGACCACGUCCGCUCAACCCUCCACGCCCUCCUGCGCUCUGCGUUCCUCGCGAACCCAGACUCGUUCGUCCCGCUCCUUCCUUCCCCUCUCGUCUCUCCUGCUUCGUCCUCGUCCGCGGCGAUGGUGGGGGAGAGGUUGAGGGGGAUCUUGCUGGAGGAUGUGGCGCGUGGGAAGAGUGGAGAGGAAGAUGAACUUGAUCGCGAGGCGAGGGAGACGAUCGAGGCGGACUUGGAGGAGCUCUCUGUGCGCCGAGGAGCGUUGCGUGCUGCGCUGGCCCUCCCGCUACAGUCGGCGGCAAAGGAGGAGGCAGAGAAGGAAGAGGACAGGGCGAGUGAUCAGGCUGUCCUUAACGCGAUUGAGCGGCUGGACGAGAUCGAGUUUCCUGUGCGGAUUGCGGAGGUACACAAGGCCAUCUUCGUCGACACGUCCGUCCGCCCACUCGCGUCCUCCUCGAAACCCUCCUCCUCGACCCCGUCGCCGCCCGCCCCGCCCCUCUCGCUCGCACACGCCCUACCCCUCUUCUUCACCUACUCAACCGCCACCCCUUCUCGUCCUUUCCAAGCCCCUCACCGUCGGUACGCCGUCUCGCGCCUCAUCGCACUCGAGAUCGACCGCCUCUCGAGCGGGAAGAGGAGGGUUACGCGUUCGGCGCCGGGUGAGGCGAGGGUACCGAGUGUGGAGGAUGCGUUCGUCAAGUGGGUGGAUGAGCGGUUUGCUGCGUCGGAGGAGGGAGGAAGUCAGACCCUGCGCGGGUCGGUGCGGUCGUUGUUGGAGGAGUUGCUCAGGGCGGGAGUCGUCUCCUAUGGCGCUUAUCUGCAGCGCAUGAUCGCCCGCGGCGAGACAGAGCGUCCUCUCUCCUCCUCUUCGGGGGACGAGGCCGUCGAGUCGAUCCAUUUGUGGAUGUUGAGGACUGUGGCGAUGGAGGCUGCGACUGGAGGCGGAGGAGCGAGGAGACGAGUUGCGCUUGGAGGACAGGAAGGGGUGGAGCGCGCGUUGCGCACGGAGGAGCGGAUCCGACUCGCCAGAACCGAACUCGACCGACUCGUCUUCUCGCCCACUUCCGCACCACUCUCCACCACCUCCUCUUGCGACACCUUGUUCGACACGGUCCGUGCCUUGACGGGAGAAGGAUCGCAGUGGGUCUUGACGCGCGAUGUGGUGCCGGAGGGGUUGUCGAGCAGGCUUGAGCCGGAGACGGGAAAGUUGAGGAUUGAAAGAGAGGAGAUGGCGGUUGUUGUGGCGGUUUAUGAGGUCGCGCAGGAUUGGUCGGGUCUUCUGCAGCUCUUCCUCGUUCUCCUCCAGCUCUCGCCGCCGCCGUCGGUCGUCUUGCACAUAAUCGACAUCGUCGAAGGACACCUCGACGUCUGGAGUUCGCUCGACGUUCUCGCAGACCUCGGUACAGCGGUUCUAGGUGCAUUCGACUCGCUGAAGGCAGUCGAAGGUCCGCAUCGCCGUCGACUACUCUCCUUCCUCCAGUCGCUCGCUGCGGCAGGAUAUCUCCCCGCACAAGCGAAGGAGACGAUCGAUACCGAGAUGCGCAACCUUUCGCUCCCCUCGCCCGCUUCGACCCUUUCCGCCUCGAACCCCAAAACUCCGCCCCUCCCAUCCCCUCUCCCGGAGAUCCAGACUCUCCUCGUCGACUCCUCCGACGUCGCCAUCGCUCAGCUCGCAUCGACCCUCUGGUUCCGCUACCAUAGCCACCCAGAUUGGGCCAGCGCGACACUCGAAAGCGUCCUACACAUCCUCCCUCAACUUGACGGCGUCGAACCAGCCAUCGCCGUCCUGCAGACCGUGCACGACCGCAUCUGUGCAGGGAUCGGCCCGGCUGUCGUGCGGUGGGCGGCAUCGUUGAGCGCGACCGCGGCUGCGACUGUCCUGGGGGGCGAAGGCGGGUCGAGGGUCGCGGGGCUGUUCGGCCGGCUCGUCGUCGAAGGCGUCCUGUCGGCGCCAUUCGUGCUCGACAAGGUGGUUUUGCCCGUGCGACGAGCACUUCUGAGUCAACUCACCGCCUCGACGGAAGCGGCCGCUGCAUCGAUCGACCCGACCGUCUUCCGCGCCCUGCAGUGCUCGCAUGCGAUCCUGUCAAGCGUCAUCGCCCUUCCACAAUCUCGCGACGGAAGAGAUGCGAUGGAGACGGAUGAGGCGGACCAGACGCCACCUCCGACACCCGCAACUCUCGCCUCCGAGCAACGCCUGCACUCUCGUCGGACCGCGCUCGGCACUCGCGCAGCACUCCCCGCCGUCGCGCAAGCGAUCUCUCUCCUCGUCAUCGAGCAGGAAGUUGCGAACGUCCUCGCGGUCGAGGAUCUCGCACGCCCAGCGUCCGACUUUCUCGUCCAGCUCGGCGCGCUGCCGGAGCUCCAGACGCUCUUUACGCGCGACCCGAAAGCGCUGAGGGACGGCAUGCUGAGGAGUCCAGCGCUUGCGAGCAUUCCGAAGAUCGAGACGUUCCGACCGAAGCUGUUACUCGGCUUGCUGGCAAUGCUCAAGGACGGAGGAGCUUCUACACCGGCCAACCUCGUCUCGACCGAGGACUGGGACGUCUUCCUCUCCGGCCUCACGCUCUGGCGCCUCGCGGUCUCCAAGGUCGAGGUCGAAGCGUCUCUCGAGCGCCUCGAGUCGGACACUGCGAUCAGCGCCGCAGACAAGGCUGCGGCUAUGCAUACGCUGUCAGAGCACUUCCUCGACAGGAUCUGCGGCGGGACGGGCCAGUCUUUCCUCGGCGAGCAGAUUGUUCGCUGCUACGAUGGCGGGGCAGCUUCCGAAGAGCUCGUCAGCGUCGCCUUCGAUCGUCUUGCGGACGCACUCGACGCCCUCGCUCAGUCCGCAGGCUCGCGCGAGGACGAAGAGCAGUCUCUUCGUACCCUCAGCACCGUCGCUGGACUGCUCGACACCUUGCAGCAAGGCGGGCAGCUCGCGGCUCGCGACAGCGCCAUCGAACGCCUUCUCACGGCGAUUAAGGCGUGCAUCUGCCUCGAACAACUCGGGCGGACUGCCAAAGACGGCACCGUCAAAGAGGCCAGUGCGGAGCUGGUCAUCCUCUUCCUCGUCCACCUCGUCUCGGUCGCCUUGCGAUGUGCGAAGCUGCCCGCGCCUCGAACCAUCGCCGAGCUCUUCCGUGACUGCCUCGCGCCGCUGGUCAGGCUUUCAGCAACGCUGUCCAAGGGGACGAACCGCGACUUCCAGCUCUCGACGCUUCUGCUCGACGCGUGCUCGCACAUCAUCUACGCCUUGCCCGAUCUCAGUGCACUAGUCCGCGUUCCGACCCUACUGACCCUCCUGAACCCGAGUCUCACGAACCCGCCUCUCGCAAUCGACUUCAUCCCCGACGCAACCUUCUCUCGCCUCACCCACCUCUUCGGACCCUACGCUCCCUCUUCUCUCGUUCCGAACCCCUGGGAGCUUCUCGACCACACCGACCCGUCGUCGGCCUCGACUGCGCUAGUUCGCAAAUCGUCGCAACCGCCUCUCCAGCUCAUCAACGCCGGCCCGAUCGACCUCGCUGCCUUCCGAGCCAAAAUCAUCGAGACCAUCCCCGCCGUCACCGCUCUCGAUGCCGUCAGCACCAUUAGCACCGGCUCGUCCGGCACGAACGCGACGGCUGCGUCGCACUUCGAGCGCGGCAGGCAGACCAACUUCGACUUCGAGACGCCCUGCACGACAUUGUCGAUCGCUGCGCGGGACCAUCGGCGCACGACGGCCGUCACGAGAAUGUUGGCGAGCCGCAUCGACGCCGGGAGCGUCGCUGCCGCUGCAUCGGCCGCUGCCGCAGCUCAGGCAGCAGCAAUCGCUCAAGCAGCCGGCGUCAACGCCAAUACUCGCAAGCGACCAGCACCCGGCAGCGGCGAGUCGACGGGUCGGCAAGCUCCCGCACCGCCAGUUGCGACCGCCUCGUCUGCCGCUACGAGCGGUCGCGGUGCCAAGCGCAAGUCGACGACCGAGGUGGUCGUUCUUGACAGCGACGACGAGGCUGAGGCACCGUCGAAGCCGAAGAAGGCCAAGGCGAACGCGGGCGGCACGACGGGACGGACGGGCGGGAAGACGACCGCGUCGAAGGUGCCGGCAAGCAAGACGACCAAGCGCAAGAAGUAG